AUAUGCAACUAUCUCUUAUCUGCAAUUACUCUUGUCCCGUUACCCUCUGCAAAUCCCCCAUAGCCCAUGGGGUCAAUCACUAUCUUUAAAACCCUAACUUGUUAACCCCCAAACAACAAUAGGAGGUUCUGUUCCAUUCUUCAAUGUCUCCCUUAACCCACUCUGUGAAAAUCACUUCUCCAGUGCUUCUCUCUUCACUCUCCCGUCGUCCUCUCAGAUAUGCAGUUCUUGGUGCUGGUUUUGCUGGUCUUUCUGUUGCUUGGCAUUUACUCAAGGAGAGUCCUAAGGAUUUGCACUUGCAUAUUGACUUGUACGAUGAAAUGGGCAUUGGAGGAGGCGCUUCGGGAGUCUCUGGAGGACUGCUACACCCCUAUUCACCUAAAGUUAAGCUUCUAUGGCGAGGUGCCGAGUGUUGGAAAGAAUGUCUAAAGCUCUUAAGUAUUGCAGAACAAGCCGUUAGUUCCGAGGAGGAUUUGGUUUCUGAAAGUGGUGAAUUUGAUCAGGAUUUUGGUGGGUUUUUAGUCCGGAGAAGGGGCAUUUUGAGACCAGCUACAAAUUUGAAGACUUUGAAUGUAUUGAAUGAUAAUGCUCAGAACUGCCUUGCCAGUUGCAAAAUAGAUAUCAUUGAUAAGAAUGCUGCCCAAAAGCUUGUACCCCAUAUACAUUUGCCUUUCAACUUGGCUUUUUAUAUGCCUGAAGCUGUAAAUUUGAAUUCUCAGUAUUAUCUAAAGGUAAGAAUAGCUAGGCUUCUGUUGUUGGACUUCUAUCUUUUCCACAUAUUUGUUUUUGAUGAUUUCCUUUUCUUUUUUUUAUUCUACCAGGCACUGUUCUUAGCUUGUCAAAAUUUAGUGAAAGAAUUAUCUGCUUUGGGCUCCGGAAAGAAAAAUCUAUGUUUGCAAAAGAAAUCUGUUUGCGAACUCCGUGAACUAGAAGGAGAAUACGAUGCUGUGAUAAUAUGCCUUGGUGCCAAAGCAGACUUGCUUCCGGAGCUUGCAGGGAGGCUUCCUUUGAGGACAUGUAGAGGUGUUAUUUUGCACUUGCAACUGCCUGAUAAUAUAGGGGAAGAUUAUCCAGACCAUGGACCAUCAAUAUUAUCAGAUGCAUGGAUUGCUAUCAAGGGGAACCGAAGUUUGCAUCUGGGUUCAACGUGGGAAUGGAAGUCAAGGAACUCUUCACCAAACGUCUCAACAGAUGAAGCUUCCAAUGCAUUUCAAGAGCUUCUUCCAAAGGCAUUGGCUAUUUACCCUGGUAUAAUGAGCUGGAGUUUUGCCGGAGCAAGGGCGGGCUUGAGGGCAAUGCCACCACUCACUUCUCAUGGAUCGCUUCCUCUUUUGGGAUGUGUCAAUGAUACAUUAGGUAAUGAUCUUAAAUGUAAGUAUUGGUUACUUGGAGGGCUUGGUUCGAGGGGAUUGUUGUACCAUGGUUGGCUGGGUAAGUUGACGGCUGAGGCUGUCCUCUCUUGUAAUGAACAAAUUAUCCCUUCUGAACUAACCUCAUGGAAGAAUAAAACAUAGGUGAAAUUAUAUUGUUUCGCAAUGACAUGAUUCCAA